AUGAAGAUACACGCCAUCAUCCCCUCACUCGUGCUCUUACUCGCUGUCUCCACGGUGGCGGUGCUGCCAGUGGCUGACACGAAGAAGUCUGUAUCUAGCAACGUGUUGUUGCGUGGAAGCAAGCUUUCUACCGUUCUUCGACCUACGCGAUAUCGGAAACUUCAUCAAGGGUAUGGAAGGGCUCCGCCGAAACCUGCGAAGGGUCUGGAGGCUGCUGCCAAUGACCCUGCUGCCGCCAAUGACCCGGCUGCUUCGAAUGACCCGGCUGCUUCGAAUGACCCGGCUGCCGCCAACGAUCCCGCCGCUGCACAUGAUCCCGCUGCUGCACACGAUCCCGCCGCCGCCAACGACCCUGCAGCUUCCGGUGACUGUGCGGCAGCAUGUGGCCCUCCCGCUGGUGUACCUCCUCCAGCGCCAGCUUCUCCUCCUCCAGUGCCCGCGGCCCCUGCCCCAAAGCCAGCGCCCGCAGCUCCUGCACCACCAAAGCCAGCUCCAGCAGCCCCUGCACCCUCCCCCUCGCUCUUCAAACCGCAACCAGCCCCCAUAAUCUUCGACCCAAAGCACAUAUCCUACGCCUCAGCAUCCCCACCCGCCCCAACCAAAGAGCCCAACUCCUCCCCAGGCGACGUAUACAUGUGCACAGGCGAAGACUUCACAGGCGAAUGCGAGUACGCGCACCUCGUAUCAUACAAGUGCCAGAAUCUAUCUCCGGAGUGGCAGAAGAAAUUAACCAGUAUCCGCCCGGAUAAGAAUCAGAUGUGCUGGUUCUUCGAGAAGAAGGAUUGCUAUGGGGGUGAGACGUGGUUGAGAUGGCCUGGGAGUGGGGAUUUGAAGGGCAGGGCGUUCGAUAAUAGGGUUAUGAGUUGGCAGUGUAAUGAGGAUAAGUGUGAUGGGGUGCAGAAGCCGGGGGGUUGUAGUGAGAACGCUGAUGGGUCGCCGAAGAAGAAAGAUGGGAGGGGGGUGGGGUUUGUUGCGUGA